GGACAUUCGUCUCGGCCUUCACUGUGCUGUGCGGAGCCCGCACUGACCUCCCGGACAGGCACGUGUGCUGCGUCUUCUGGCUGAACAUCGCGGCCGCCCUCAUCCAGAUCCUCACGGCCAUCGUCAUGGUGGGCUGGAUCAUGAGCAUCUUCUGGGGCAUGGACAUGGUCAUCCUCGCCAUUUCCCAGGGCUACAAGGAGCAGGGCAUCCCACAGCAGCUGUGA